AUGGCGCGCAAAAUUGUAGCAAUUGAAGAUAUAGAGGAGUAUUUACAUAUGGAAGAUAGUAGCUGCCUAGAGUUGGAAGAUAUUGAAGAAUUUAGCGAACAUGACACGGAUUCUGAACAAAAUGGCGAGGAUUUUGAAUUACCAGCUGAUAACGCAAUCAUUGAUCAAACAUCAUCAGCCGAAACCAUACCUAGAAAACAUCCCGAUGAGUACAUUUUGUGUAGUGGCUACUAUUUGGUAAAGGAUGGUGCAACUAAAUGGAAGGUCUCUGCGGUCUCACAACAUUGUUCUGGAAACACCUGGGCCAAAGGGUGA